AAAUUUCGACAGUUGUAAUCAUGGCCUCAACUAUUUAACAGCCGGAUUUUAUGACAAUAACUCAGUCUGAAUCUUUCUUGAGUAAAGUCCAAACAAACUCACGGAAGCAGUAAUUAUUUAAAUAUGGAGUACCAAAAAAUUACAUUAUUUUUCAUAUUCUGCAUUUUUGGUUUUGCUUGCACAGCGAAAUUUCCCGUAACUUAUAAUAUAACAACAAGUAUAAAAUGCUUGAAUGAUUCGGUAGUGAUUGACGUAAACCGACAUGAACGACCUUCCGAAAUUACUAUCUAUACACUUUAUUCAGCAGAAGAGAAAGAUGAGGAUACAAAGUGUUCAAGAACUUUUUCACAACACGAACCAUCGGUGAAAGAACUUAAAUUCAAUCCAUGUGGAGCUCGGAGAUUUAAAGUGUAUGUAGAUGAAAAAAUUGGUGGUUCAACUCUAGAAUAUCAGGUUCCUAUUGAUUGUUCCAAAGUCGAAGUUGCGGAUAAAAAACUUGACCUUGUUGAUUUAACCAUGUUGGGCCUUGAUGUUUGGGCUAAAUAUUGGCCAAAGUCUCACGAAACCAAGGAAGAUUGAUUUUUAUAAUUAUCGUCUAUUCCAUUUACCAAAAUUGUAUUUUUUUGAGUAAUCGUACUUAUUUAUAAUUUCAAAAACUUUUAAAUGUCAAAAAAUUCACUUAUUUUUUUGUAAUAAAUAAAAUGUCUCUUUUUAUUCUUACAUGCCAUAUUUUUUAUAAUUAUUAUCAUUUAUAAAUACUUUAUUAAUAUCGCAUUAAAUUUGAAAUUAAUCAUUAGUCAUUAGUAAUGCAUUAAAAAAUUACCGACAGUAAAAAUUCAUUUUUUUAUUCAAAUUAAAAUUC